AACACUAACAUGCUUGCAGCACACGCACAGCAAGUCAACGGCUGUGUUUCCACUACACUCACGCGCAAACACAGCUACCUGAGACAAAACCACACGAUCCGGCGUCCCAUCUGGCUGUCUUGUCGCUGGCUUACCACUCCGGCCGUUUAUUGGCGUCUCUCGAUGGUGAUGCUGCCGCUCUCGAUGGCCAUGGUGUAUGGUGUGCUGAGCAGGUUGAACACGGCCAGCUGCGAGUGGAAGAGCCUUUGGACAGGCGACCUGACAGGCAGCAAUGCCAAAUGCGAUGGACGUUCUCUCUCCCUCUCUCUCUUCCUCUUGCUGCGUACCAAGGACAGCGAUGUGCACCUCGUCGACUGGCGGCAAGUCGUGCUUUGCCCACUUGACCAGGGGAUCCCUGCCGGGGAAUCCCCGCGGCCAAGGAUGGGAGUUGUCAGACAACAGAAUGCCCCGCACCGGGAUGUUGAUCUCCACAGAAAAUCGCCUUCCCUCCUGUCCGCCCAUCUGGCCCGUGAGCGCCUCCAGGAAGGUCACGGCUUUGCUUGGCGCUUCUCUGUCGUAGGGGUACACGGACGUCCCGAAACACAGGCGGCGGCACUUGGGCAUCGAAUUGGCGACUGUCUUGACGAGGCCGUCGAGCUGGGUCUCCCGGACGAAGUAAUUGCUGCAGCGGAAAGUGUCGGCGCGCGGGAAGAAGAUCAUGUUUGCGGCAGCAUCGGGAUCCGUCAAGCUGCCGGGCCCUGUGUGGUCGAAGCACACGCCGUCAGCGAGCGAGGCAGACUUACGAACGAUCUUCUGCACCUGAUUGCAUAGACACCGACAGUCAGACAAACAGCCAAGGGAAGAAUUCACGAGAUUGUUGGUCUGCAUCCAUUGUACGCCACCCAACCCACCUGACGUGACUCAUUCUUCAUCCACCCGAUGAGCUCCAGGUCCAUCUCGCGUCGACCUCUCCUGCCUGCUGCCGAGUCGACCUCGACCAGCUGCGGCUUCUGGAGGGCAUCUGGGUGCAUGACCUGCUCCGACAGCAGUGCCACCUCCCGCAACGCCGCCUUCUGCAUCGCGCCACCGAUGUUCCACGCGAUGGACAGCUCCCGAAGCGUCCUACGGCACCCACGGUCGAGCAGAGCUUGGCGUAAGCUGGCCAGGUGGUCCUCCAAGGCAGCGACACUGCUCCCGAUACGUGACUGCAGCUUGAGGGGGCCGAUCGACCUCAACCGGGCGAGGGAGUGGCCGGUGGGAAGCAUGCCGAGCACCUCAGUCUUCUCGUGGAUGCAGCCGUCACUAUCGAGGACCUCCAGGUGCUCACAUCCGCUCGCCCACUCGGCAAUAUGCUCCUCGGCCUCACAGCCGUGAUCCGUGAAGGUCAUGACGCGAAGCGAUGGCGUGCGCCACUGUCGGCGGCUGAGGAGGAAGCUCACUAUCGUGCAGGGCAGGCGCCGCAUCUCCUCGAGGUUGGACAGGUCGACGGGCGAGGGGGGAGGAUCGCCAGGCUGGACUGACGGGAUGUCGAAAAAACGACAUGGCCUUCCAUCGGUGUCUCCCUCGAAGCUGAGGACCUUGAUGGACGAAGCGGGAGACGACCCCUCCUGAAGCUCGCUCCGUGCUCUCCUGGCCUGCGCGUUCCCCUCAAUGACGGAGACCCAAAUCCAGUCACACCAGGUGGCGUGGAAGCUGCCGUUCUGGUCUUUGGGGCAGAUGACGUAGAUGUGUGUGAGGUUGAUCAUGCGCUGUCCCCAUCUGUGCGCCACCUGCGGCGGCAUCUUCUCCCAGAUGUGCCGCACGCCGCCCUUGUUCGAUCCGUCAAUGAUGAGGUGGGUGCAGUUGGCGGCCGCCCAGCUGAAGACGGUGUGGCCGAGGGCUGGUGCUAUGCGCGUCAGCUGCCAUGGCUGAUGGUAGCCGAACAGGGUCGCCAGCUCAUCGGGGGAGAGGCGAAGGGACGCCUGAUUGAUGCAAAAGCAGAGGAAUGGGACCAGAAGGAUGCAAAGAGGAUGGCGAAUGGAUUCUCUGUCUGUCUGAUCUCACCGGUUCGUUGCUGGUCGGCUGCUUCCCCGACACAUGGAUCAGUCGGAAUGCAGGCGCCGACGUGACAGCCUCUGCAUCAGCCACAGUGCCGUGAAACAUCAUCAGCACCACCCACAAACAACAGGACAAAUGGCAACUCUCUCUUCGUUGUGGUUGGUUUUUAUCACCUCUGCAGCACUCGGUUGAUCUGGCCGUGUUUCAGCUGCGGCAGCUGCAGCCUCAUUGGCGAGUGCAUGUACGGCCGCAUCGACCGCAGAUUCGGCAAGGGAGAGAUGACUGGCCGCCGAAAAGAGCCACGCACUACCACUACUCCGGUUCUCCGACCGUGCCUGACGAGGAUCAAGUCAAAGGGUCCACUGAUGAGAUGUAUGCCUUGCUUGUUCUCACCUUGACGUCCUCAUGCAGCCGCUGGAGGCCUUGAAGUAAGACACUGGCGUCGGCAGACAUCUGACGAACAGCGAAGACUGUCAGCUUUUUUCUUUUUGUAUCUUCUGAGCCCCACCUUGCCGAUGUUGAGGGAAGAACGAC